AGUUCUGACCACGCAUGCGCGGAGCCGCUGGCCCGGAGAGUUGUCGGCUGGGAAAUGGCUGCCGCGGGCUUGGCCGCUGUGGCCACGGCUGCCGAGUACCCUGGCCAAGAAGCGUCCGGAGGUAACUUGUCUGGCGUUAAUUGCGGCCCAAGCUCCGGGGCGGGCCCUGGUCCUGGCCCAGGCUCAUGGAGCCGUUCCCUCGAUCGAGCCCUGGAAGAGGCGGCAGUAACCGGGGUGUUGAGCCUGAACGGCCGGAAACUGAGGGAGUUUCCCCGAGGAGCGGCCAACCACGACCUGACGGACACCACCCGAGCGGACCUGUCACGGAAUCGUCUCUCAGAAAUUCCUAUAGAAGCCUGUCACUUUGUUUCUCUUGAGAAUCUCAAUUUGUACCAAAAUUGUAUUCGAUAUAUCCCAGAGGCAAUUCUAAACCUACAGGCUCUAACAUUCUUAAAUAUCAGUCGGAACCAGCUGUCAACAUUGCCAGUACAUUUGUGCAGUUUACCACUGAAAGUCUUAAUUGCUAGUAAUAACAAAUUGGUCUCACUUCCAGAAGAAAUUGGACAUCUUAGACAUUUGACAGAACUUGAUGUGAGCUGCAAUGAGAUUCAAACAAUACCAUCCCAAAUUGGUAACCUGGAGGCCUUGAGAGAUCUUAAUGUAAGAAGAAAUCACUUAGUACGCUUGCCUGAAGAGCUGGCAGAGCUGCCUUUGAUGCGGUUAGACUUCUCCUGCAAUAAAAUUACAACAAUUCCUGUUUGUUAUCGGAACCUCAGGCAUCUACAGAUGAUUACCCUGGAUAACAAUCCGCUACAGUCUCCUCCUGCACAGAUUUGUAUAAAAGGCAAAAUCCACAUAUUUAAAUACCUGAAUAUACAAGCUUGUAAGAUUGCUCCAGAUCUGCCAGAUUAUGAUAGGAGACCCUUGGGUUUUGGCUCCUGCCAUGAAGAACUGUACUCAGGUCGCCCGUAUGGAGCCCUUGAUUCAGGUUUCAAUAGUGUGGACAGUGGUGAUAAGCGAUGGUCAGGGAAUGAACCUACAGAUGAAUUUUCAGAUCUGCCUCUUCGAGUAGCAGAGAUCACUAAAGAACAGCGACUGCGUAGAGAAAGCCAAUACCAGGAGAAUCGCAGCAGUUUAGUAGUUACAAAUGGUGGAGGUGAACAGUUAUUUAUGGCAUCUGAAGCCUUUGUGUCACGUCAGCUUUCUAAAGUCGUCUUUCUCACAUUCACUCCUUUAAAAGAAGAGAACACGUAUGUGUGUUAUAAAGAAAUGAGACAGUUUGAAAAAGUGACCUCAACUGUGUCAUCAGCGUUGGCUGACAGACAGUUGGUGGCUAGCGAUAGGUUAACCAGUGAUAUUACCAUGGGAAACCUGAGUUGGAGACAUCAGAUAGAAAUCUACUCUAACAGUAAGAUUUCACUUGUUCGUUAUAUGUCUGUCUUGUUAUCAAAGAGUUUUUCCUUUUUCUCUCUCUUUUUUUGGGUCAGGGUUCCAGUUGAUCCAUCUUCUCUCUUGUCAGUAUCACCAAGUCACAAUCAGCUAUCACACACAGACUUGGAACUUCAUCGGAGAAGAGAACAGUUGGUGGAGCGCACUCGGAGAGAGGCACAACGGGCUGCCCUCCAGUAUGAGGAGGAAAAGCUGAGGACCAAGCAGAUUCAGAGAGAUGCUGUCCUGGACUUUGUCAAGCAAAAAGCAUCACAAAGUCCACAGAAACAAGCCCCCUUAGAUGGUGAGUCGCUGUCAGGGUUGAAUAAUCAAGUGGGCUGUGCUACUACCCUGCCUCAUUCUUCUGCCUUCACGCCUCUUAAGAGUGACGAUAGAUCUAAUGCCUCAUCAAGUUCACCUACAGCAGAAACAGUUCAUCAUUCCCCUGCAUAUUCCUUUCCUGCUGCUGCUAUCCAGAGAAACCAGCCCCAACGCCCUGAAAGCUUCCUUUUCCGAGCAGCUGUCAGGGUAGAAACAAAUAAAGGUCAUGGUUCACCCCUUCUGUCAUCUUCUGCACCUGCCACUGAUUCUACAGAUAGCAUAACAAGGCAAGAUUCAAGACAGCGAGAAGAAGAGCUGGAAUUAAUAGAUCAACUACGGAAACAUAUUGAGUACCGGUUGAAAGUAUCUCUACCUUGCGAUCUUGGAGCAGCUCUGACUGAUGGUGUUGUUCUUUGCCAUUUGGCCAAUCAUGUGCGGCCUCGAUCUGUCCCAAGCAUUCACGUGCCCUCACCAGCUGUACCUAAAUUAACAAUGGCAAAAUGCAGGCGAAAUGUGGAAAAUUUCCUAGAAGCUUGCAGAAAAAUUGGUGUACCUCAGGACAAUCUUUGUUCCCCUUCCGACAUCCUUCAGCUAAACCUCAGCGUUAAACGAACUGUUGAAACACUGCUUUCUCUUGGGGCACAUUCAGAAGAAUCCAGUUUUGUCUGUCUGUCUGUCCAUCUUCUGGGUUUUGUGGCAUUUUAUUGUACUUUAAUGUUAACUCUGUGUAUGUUUUAUUACUGGAUUUUCACCCUCUAGCUGAAAGAUUGAGUUCCAGUGAUUUUCCACCUCAUUCCCGUGCUUGGUAAGGGAGGUUUGUUUCUCAUUCAGAAUUAUUUAUAUAUGUGCUUCUUUUUUGGUCCAUCAAAGAGCUAACCAAUAAAGGAGAUAAGUCCUUUCCUCACAUGUCCAGAUGAGCAGCCCACCAAAAAAGAGUAACGGACCAGCGUUUUUUCGUCUGAUCAUUCUUCAGUUCUCCUGGCCUGUGACUUUGUUGCGCUGAUCAUAAGCACUGAAGUAUUUCUACUAAUACAAUCCUGAGCCUGUUCUUAGAAUAUGACAUCCAGAACUUUAGUCCCAAAUGACAGAAUAACCCCCUCUGGCCAUGUUUCCAUGCCUCAGCACACCUUAAGUGUUGAAAUUUUGAGUUGGUGAACCAUUUCAACAGCCACUCGUAAAGAAAAUAUUUGUGCCCUUCCUGGUUUUUUGGAGGGGUGGGGUAGGGGAGGGCACCUGGUCUCCCCUGCCUUGGACUUACCCUGACACCCUGAACUCCCCCUUCACCCACAGGCACAGCAUUGGCUGGCGGGAAGUUUGAGAGGCGCUGGCCAUUUAAUCUGAAUAGUUUUAAUUUGGUCAGAACGUUCAGUCCAAAGGCCGUGUAGGUUCCUGUUCUGAGCCCAGUGUGUGCAUGUAAAACGGUGCAUAAGGAGCAGACCUGGAACUGACUUUUCGGGGGCUGGACACCUCUCCAGACUUAACAGCUUUGUUAUCCUUACCCUGAGAGUCACUUCUAGAAUCCUGUGUAGAAUUUAAACAUGGAAUUUAUGUAAUUUCCAGUAUGUUAGAAUCAUCUUAAUACGUGAGAUGUUUGGGAGACUGUAUGUGAACAGUAGCAGGUAAAAUAUUAGACAACGGUCUCUGUUCUGUACCCAAGGCAGUGAAUUUUGCUCUCUCUUUCAGAGUGGGUAAUAUGCUAACUGCUGGACCUUGAUGCUUGAAAUUACUUUAUAACUGUACUUAGAUACUAGUUCUCAUAAAUGGCAUUUCCGAACAUGCAGGAAUCUCCUGAACUGUGCUAACAAAAUUGGGCAGCUGAACUCAAGUAUGAAUGGAGAUCACAAGGAACAUACCAUGGCCAAUUUGACAUUCCCAUUGCAGAAUUCAGCGGGGGUCUGAUUGCUUUGGUUCUCCUCCACAGACUGUCCCCUGUUAAUGCUGAAACAUUGACGCCGUGAUGAGAACUGGUUUUAUACAGUAGUAGUGCCUUCCAGUGUUCGGGGGUUUGUGUUUGUUUUGUUUUUAAGAUGUCUCUUAGGCAGUGAUCAUUCUCAAGACUUGUGUGGCAUUUUGUCCCUUUAAAAAACACCUAUUGGAGAAAAUAAAGACCUGAUCUCAUCCACAAUCCAGGAGUAGUGACUGUGCUUCCUCUUAAGAAUACACAGUGCCCCCUCUAAGGCAGCUGGGAGUUCAGUACUUGUCUCGGAAGCAUGUGCCUCUGAAGGGAGUGUCUAAGCCACCAGGCCACACAGGUCACAGGGCACUGCUGAGAAGAUCAGGGAAUCCACCUUGGAGAAAAGGCAUCUUGUCCAGAGCAAAACACCACGCAGAUUCAUUUUAAGUAUCAUUCACCUGUUCUUACAGUUGGAGUCAAAAGUAUUUGUACAUAGUUGCUAGU